AUGAAUUCGUAUGUGGCUGAAAUUGGUGAAAUUGUUCGAGCCCAACGAAGAGACGACGAAUUUAUUGACGAAAUUCAGGAAAAGUUAUCGAAGGUGGGGUUUUUCUGGCUGAAAAUCCAAUUUUUUUUUGCAGAUUUUCAAGGAACUAGUCGGACAAAGGACUUGGAUUCGCUGGUUUCCGUAUUUUCGAACGAUUUCGCAAAGUUUGUAUUAUUCUAAUACGAUUUUGGCAGGUAAGCGAUUUUUGGGGGAAAAAUUUAAUUUCUCACUGUUUCAAAAUUUUUUAAAAUAAAUUUUGAAAAAAAAACAAUUUUAAUUCUGACUUUAAUGAAUUUACCUUCUGGUACAGUGAGAUUACAGUAUACCUUGUAGUUUUAAAUAAAUACUGUAAAGAUCCUUGAGUUACAGUAUGCACUACAGUAACCCUUGUAAUUUGAAAAAAACUGAGAACCUUUUGAGACUACAGUCUACCUUGAAAAUUGUGAAUAAAUCUGAUUUUUCAAAAAUUAUUUUUUCACUGUUUCAAAAUUUUUGUAUAGAUUUUGAGAUUUUGAAAUUUUUAAUGGCUUUCUGCUUUUUGACGGAAUAUUGCUGAUUCAAUAAUUUUAUGAGUUUGUUCAGAUUUUUUCACUGUUUCAAAAUUUCUAAAUAAAUUUUGUGACUUUUCAAUGCUUUGAUAAACAGAAUUUCCGAAUAAGAAUUCAAAUUAAUGAUAAACAUUUUUCGAAUUUUCAGAAAUAUCUUGGGUGUAAAAAAUUGCACUGUUUCAAAAUUUUUAUAUAGAUUUUAUAUUUUCGGAAUUUUCUAAUAUGUAACUCCUCAUUUUUCGCAAAUUUUUGUAGAUUUUCUUCAAUUUUUAUUCUUGCCAAAAAUUCACUGUUUCAAAAUUUCUAUAUAAAUUUUGAGAUUUUUUAAAAUUAAUCUUAGAAACUCGAUUAUUUCAGAAAAAAUUCUCACUGUUUCAAAAAUUUCGAAUAGAUUUGAGAUUUUUUUUAAAUUUGAUAAAAAAAUUGCAGUCUCGCACAAUUCUAAGUCAGUAGAAUUUCCGAAAAAUAAUUUCUCACUGUUUCAAAAAUUUCAUAUAGAUUUCGAGAUUUUUUUAAAAUUUGAUUAGCAUCCGAAAAAAGGGACUUUGAAAUAAUAAAAAAAUUUUCUGAAAAACUUCUGAAUCAGAAAAAUCUAGAAAAAAUCGGAUUUUUUUUCUGAACUCAAAGAAUUUUGUCUAUUAUGAUUUUGAAACAGUGAAACUUUUCAAAUUAUUUUUCACUGUUUCGAAAAAUUUAGAUUUUGAUGAAUUAUUUUGAGAUUUAGUGAGAAAUCCAGAAAAAUCUGAAAUUUUCCGAGUUCCUCGGAUUUUUCAGUGAUAUUUUUCAACAAUUUUUGCAAAAAAAAUCUGCUGUUUCAAAAUUUUUACAUAGAUUUUGAGAUUUUUUUUUAAUUUGAUGAAAAAUUGCAGUCUUCCAGACCAAAAUUCUAAACCAGUAGAAUUUUCGAAAAAUAAUUUCUCACUGUUUCAAAAAUUUCAUAUAGAUUUUGAGAUUUUUUAAAACUUUGAUGCGUUCUUAAUAGGUUGAUUAUUUGUUGAAAACUCUGAGAUGUUUCUCUAGAUCUCUUAGGUUAGGCCUAAAUUUUGGCCUGAAAUCAGGCCCACUAGCCUUCAAAUUCCCCCAAUUUUUCCAGGAAAUCAAACCCUUGGCGAAGAAUACGUGCACCUUUUCGAAUCAUCAGGAUUAUCCAGAUUUUCACCAUCUCUCCCAACUCGCUUCUCAUUUAUCUUCCUUCAUUCAAUCCUCCCUCAAAUCACCAAUCAUCUCCUCCAAAAAGCCGAACUUCGCCUAAAUCAUCCCUCCACCACGUCAUUUUUGGGAGUCCAAAUUCAAAAAAACGCCAAGGCUCGCAAAACAUUCAUUGAUCUGGUGACGUGGACAAAAUCCACGUUUCUACCCAAUUUUCAACGCUGCCACGUGGCAUUGUUCUAUAUCACGGGAAGUUAUUAUAACUUGGCAAGGAGAGUUACGGGAAUUCGAUUUUUGUUGGCGAAUUCGCAGAGUGAUUUGCCAGCGCUGAAGAUUUAUCGAAUUUUGGGAUAUUUGUCGAUUUUUCAAGUCGUAUUUAUUGGAGUUUUGGGAAUUUGGAGAAUUAUUGAGGAGGCUUCGAAGAAACCCGAGAAAUCCAAGGAAAAUCUGAAUUCUGAAGAAGUUUUCGAAUCUUUGGAGCAUAGUUGGUUCAGUUGUCCGAUUUGUUUGGAGAAAAAAGAUCCGAGUGCACUUUUUUGUGGACAUUUGUUUUGCUGGAAUUGUAUACAGGUGAGCCUAAAAAUUUCUGGAAUUUUAAAUUCGAAAAGUUGACUAUUUAAAAAAAAUCAUCCAAAAAUUUAAAUUUCUUGAAACAGUGAAAAUUUUUUAUGAAAAAAAAUCAAUUUUUAUAUUUUUGAAAAUUUCACUGUUUCAAAAUUAUUGUGUAUUUUCUGAAUUUUUCUUGGAAAUAGUGAUGUCAUCUCUAACUUUAAAUUAUACAAUUUUAAGAUUUUUCUGUAUUUUCAGCCUAAAAAUUUCUGAAAUGUUAAAUUAUUAAACAAAUAUCCGAAAUUUAUUAAACAAAUCUCAAAAAAAUCCCCUCAAAAAUCUAGAUUUCUUGAAACAGUGAAAAUUUUUUAUUAAAAAAAAAUCAAUUUUUAUAAUUUUGAAAAUUUCACUGUUUCAAAAUCAUUGUGUAUUUUCUGUUUUUUUUUGUUGAAAGUGUUAUUUCUUCUUUGUUUCCCUUCAAAUUAUCAAAUUUUCAGUUUUUUCUGGAUUUUCAGCCUAAAAAAUUUCUGAAAUUUUAAUUAUUUUGGAUAUUUGAAAGUUGAAUCAAUCUCAAAAAAAUCCCCCAAAAAUCCAGAUUUCUUGAAACGGUGAACAAAUUUCAACAAAAAAAAUCAAUUUUUUUAAUUUUGAAAAUUUCACUGUUUCAAAAUCAUUGUGUAGUUUCUGAAUUUUUGUUGGAAAUAGUGAUGUCUUUAUAUGUGAAUUAUCAAAUUUUCAGGGAUUUUCAGCCUAAGAAAUUGCUGAACUUUUAAAUUUGAAGUGAAAUCGAAGCUUGAACUGAUCUCAAAAAAAACCCAAAAAUCAAGAUUUCUUGAAACAGUGAAUAUUUUUUAUGAAAAAAAAUCAAUUUUUUUUUUGAAAAUUUCACUGUUUCAAAAUUAUUGUAUGAUUUCUGAUUUUCUGUUGAGAAUAGUUAGUGCCCUGCUAUUCAGAAUAUUUAAAUUUUAUCAAAUUUUCACUGAAAGUUUCAGUUUUUCUCUGGAAUUUUAGCUCUAAAAAGUAUUAUAUUGAAGGUGGUAGAUUAACGAAUCUAAAAAAAUUUCUCAAAUAUCUAGAUUUUUUGAAAUAGUGAACAUUUUUGACUAAAAAAAACAAUUUUCACACUUUUAAAAAUUUCACUGUUUUAAAAUUAUUUUGUAUUCUCUGAAUUUUUUGUUUUCGAAAUUGACAAAUCGUUCAUUAUUCUUUAACGUGAAAAUAAAGUUUAAUUAGGUUUCAAAAAUUCCAAGGACUUCUGCAAGUCCUGGAUUUUCAGCCUAAAAAAUAUUUAAAAUUUUGAAUUAGAGGGGAAUUUGGAAAUCAAACUAAUCUCACGAGAAAAAAUCCCCAAAAAUCUAGAUUUCUUGAAACAGUGAAAAUUUUUGACUCGAAAAUAGGGCUGCACGCGGGGCACCCCGCGAUGAAACACCGUGCAAAAAAUCAUUCGCCCCCUCGCUCCUUCGCCCCCUCGCCCCUUUGCCCCCUCGCCCCGUUGCCCCCUCGCCCCGUCGCCCCUUCGCCCCGUCGCCCCCUCGCCCCCGCUUGUAACUGUGUGUGGUGAAGAAAUAAAAGAAGAUAGAAGCGCGCACACAGUUACAAGCGGGGGCGAGGGGGCGACGGGGCGAAGGGGCGACGGGGCGAGGGGGCAACAGGGCGAGGGGGCGACGGGGCGAGGGGGCGGAGGGGCGACGGGGCAAAAGCGUGGCGGGGCGAGGGGGCCGCCCCCACGCCCCAUCGUGCAGCCCUACUCGAAAAAAUCAAUUUUUAUAAUUUUGAAAAUUUCACUGUUUCAAAAUUAUUUUAUGAUUUCUGAAUUUCCUUUUGAAAAUAGUGCUGUGACAUUUUCUGAUUUUGAAUUAUCCAAUUUUCAGUUUUUUUCUGGAUUUUCAGCCUAAAGUAUUACUAAAAUUUUAAAUUCGAAGACUAAUCUCAAAAAUCUAAAUUUCUUGAAACAGUGAAAAUUUUUUAUGAAAAAAAAAAUAAAUUUUUAUAAUUUUGAAAAUUUCACUGUUUCAAAAUUAUUUUGUUGUUCCUGAAUUUUUGUUGGAAAUAGUGAUGUAUUUAUAUUUGAGUCAUCAAAUUUUCAGGGAUUUUCAGUCUAAAAAAUUUCUAACUUCAAAUUAAAAGCGAAUAUGAUUAUUGAACUAAUCUCAAAAAAAUUUCUCAAAAAUCUAGAUUUUUUGAAACAGUGAAAAAAAUGUUGGAAAAAAAAUCAACUUUUAUUAUAAUUUAGAAAAUUUCACUGUUUCAAAAUCAUUAUUUGUUUUCUGAAAUUUUGUUGGAAAUAGUAAUUUUAUCAAAUCUUUUCUAAAAUUCACCAUAAAAUUAAAAUUAUUUUUAAAAUCUGAGGACUUUUGAAAAUUACUUGAUUUUUAGCUUAACUUAUUGAUCUACAAUUGGGUAAUACCACCCAAUCGGGAAAUUUUCCCAAUUAGUAUAUAGUAGAUAACAAAAUCUUGAAAAAUCCUUCAAAAAUCUAGAUUUCUUGAAACAACGAACAUUUUUUGGUUCAAAAAAAUCAUUUUUAUAAUUUCGAAAAUUUCACUGUUUCAAAAUUAUUGUGUAUUUUCUGAAUUUUUGUUGUCGAAAUUGACAAUUCAUUUUUUUAUUUUUAAACGUGAAAAAAAAUCCAAGGACUUCUGAAAGUCCUGGAUUUUCAGCCUAAAAAUUUCUGAAAUUUAGAAUUCGAAGUAAAUUUAAAAAUUGAACUAAUUUCAAAAAAAUCCCCAAUAAUCUAGAUUUCUUGAAACAGUGAAAUAAUUUUUGACUCAAAAAAAAAACCAAUUUUUAUAAUUUUGAAAAUUUCACUGUUUCAAAAUUAUUUUGUUGUUCCUGAAUUUUUCUUGGAAAUAGUAUUGACCAUAUCCGCGAACGCGGAAGCUUCCGGAAACUUCCGCUUCAAAUCCUCUAUUCUUCCAGGAACACAGCACUACCUCUCAACCAUCUCGCUGCCCUCAGUGUCGCUUGGAAUACGAACCUCGUGACGUCACACCUCUUCUGAAUCUAUAG